AUGACCUCUCCAAUCCGCACAACAAUCCUCAUCUCCGGCAGCGGCACCAACCUCCAAGCCGUCAUCGACAAAGUCCACGCGGGCGCCCUAAACGCCCAACUAAUCCGCGUCCUCUCCAACCGCAAAGACGCCUUCGGCCUCGAACGUGCCCGCAAGGCCUCCAUCCCAACCGAAUACCACAAUCUUGUCAAGUACAAGAAAGCACACCCGGCGACGCCCGAGGGCGUACAGGCCGCGCGGGAGGAGUACGAUGCCGAGCUGGCUCGUCUGAUUCUGGCUGAUCAGCCAGAGUUGGUCGUUUGUCUUGGUUUCAUGCAUAUCCUGUCUCCGCAGUUCUUGUCGCCGUUGGAGAACGCGAAUGUGCGGAUUGUUAAUUUGCAUCCUGCGCUGCCGGGGGCGUUUAAUGGUGUGAAUGCGAUUGAGCGCGCUCAUGCUGCAUGGAUGGAGGGCAAGAUUGAUAAGACUGGUGUGAUGAUCCACGAUGUCAUCUCUGAGGUGGACAUGGGCCAGCCGAUUCUCGUGCGGGAAAUUCCGUUCGUGAAGGGUCAGGAUGAGGAUCUGGAGGUAUUUGAGAAGCGGGUGCACGAGAUUGAAUGGGGUACAGUCAUUGAGGGUGUUGGUAUGGUACUCGGAGAGCUUCAGGCAGCUCGGAAGCAAUGA